AUGCGCCUCCAGGCGGCACUGUCACUCCUUUUCACUGUUGGCCUUGCCACAGGACUUCAGCAGAAAGCCGAUCCCAACUGCAAAUGUGUCCCUGGUGAUACUUGUUGGCCAAGCCUCUGCCAUUGGCAAGACUUUGAGGGGAGGUUAGGUAGAGGCAAGCUCAUCAAGUCUUCUCCCAUUGCCGAGUCGUGUUACAACGGCCCGCACAAAGAUCUUGAUCAGUGCGCCCAUGUGACACAGAUGUGGUCGGAUCAGGACUUCCAAACAAACCAGCCGAUUGGCAGGCCUUAUCCCUACAAUAUCACCUGCGCUCCCAUAGACUACGCCGCCGGAGAGACACCUACGUCGUGCACCCUUGGCUCCCUCCCCCAAUACGCCGUCAAUGCCACCACGAUAAAGGACAUUUCCCUCACGCUCGACUUUGCCAAGCGCAACAACAUCCGUCUCGUCGUCACCAGCACGGGACACGACCUCCUCGGCCGCUCUGACGGCUAUGGUGGCCUCCAAGUAUGGCUCCGUCAUUACCGCAACGGCAUCCAUUUUCAAAACACCUUCUCGGGCAAGCCCUCUGCCGGGAAAGGGAAAGGGGCCGGCAAAUCGUGCACAAAGUCCGGCUGGAAGGGCAGCGCCAUUCAUAUUGAUGGCGCAUGGCAGUGGAGUGACGUGUACAAGGUUGCCGAAGCAAACAAUGUCAUCGCCGUGGGCGGUGGCGCUGUCUCCCCGGGCGCUAUUGGAGGCUGGCCGUCCGGCGGCGGCCAUGGCCCUGCCACACGCAACUACGGGCUUGGUGCCGACCAGAUUCUUGAGGCCGAGAUGAUGCUCGCAGAUGGGACCAUUGUCACGGCCAACCACUGCGAAAAUACUGACCUCUUCCGUGCUAUCCGCGGCGGCGGCCCUGGCUACGGCAUCGUCCUCAGCCAGCACAUCAAGGUCUAUCCCAAUGUGGAUGUUGUUACCGUUCAUCGACUCGCUAUCGCUCCGCUUCAGCAAACACCCGAGAACGCGGACCUCCUCGAUGCCGUCGCAGUCCUGCUCCAACAUUUCCCCAAUAUCAAUGAAGAGGGAUAUGCCGGUUACGCUUUCUGGUUCCGCAACUUUCCUAUGCCCUUCAUCGGCGACACUCCAUCUGGCUAUAGCCACGGCAUCUGGUCAGUCGGCAAGGGGAAAGCUGAGGCUGAGCAACCCAUAACCACGGUAGUCGAGGCGCUUGAAAAGUUCCAGGACAAGCUGUUCAUCCACUCAACCUUCACCGAGUACCCUGACUACUGGUCAUUCUACCACGCCGAGUCUGGACUCUACGACCCCACCGGCAGCACGUCCAUCCUGACAUCCCGCAUGAUCGACAGCGAAGCCGUAUCCGACUACCAAAAAGUCCGCGACACGGUGGAGGUCAUCAGCGGCAAGCCCGAGGAGUUUGCGUCCAACGUCGUCCUCCUGGUAUCAGGUGGCCAAGUCUUCCGAGACGGUUCGGACGCAACCUCGGGCCUCCACCCGGCCUGGCGCACCUCCCCCUUCGUCCUCGUCACCGGCCAGGGCAUCCCCAAGGUUGCGAGCCGCGAGGUUCGAGAUUACGUCACCCACGAGAUCACACACGUCAAGGGGGCGGCCCUUAAGAAACUGGCCCCUCACACGGGUGGCUAUAUGAAUGAGGGUGAUCGUCACGACCCGGAUUAUAUCGAGACCUUUUACGGGUCCAAUUAUGAAACUCACUUAGCGGCUAAAAAGAAGUACGACCCGGAUCAUGUCUUCUACUGCCCAACCUGUGUCGGUGCCGAGGCCUUCAUCGAGAGGCCCGACGGGCCCCUUUGUCGCAAGCCCUGA